AUGUACACCCGGAACAACCCCAACGGCCGCACUCUGACACUCAUUGACCACAACAGCGACUUAAAGAUCUGGGAGUUGGGAGCUCCAAGCGAUCGUCCUCUACCUCGCAAGUCCGGCAAGGAGGGCAAGCUGUCGCUUGCGCAAGACGAUGAGCGUGUUCUCUACCACCUGCACUCGGAGACGCUCCCCUCCACGAUCACGCACUGCGCGAACGGGGUCAUCUGGGUGUCCGGCGUGUUCGAGAGCGUGCUGCCGAAGCAGGAGUGGCCGCGAGGCGAUCAGUGCGUGGUUGUGGACAUCUUGUUCACAUGGGCCCGUUUUGCAUGGUAUGCUCCCGGGCGUCGAGGGGCUGUACGUGCCGACAAAUUUCCUGGUGCUCUAGGUGUUAAAGUCGCUUUUGAGCUGUUUGGGACGUCUCAGAGCUGA